UGAAGCUGAAACUCUGAUUCUGUCUAAGGUACGAAAGAAGCUCCUCUCUCUCUCUCUCUCUCUGUAUAGAUACUAUAGAUGCCCAGAAACGCUGCGAUAAAAUCUUAGGUGUUCUUCAUGCUUUCAUCAUUCUGCUUGCGCGGUCAUGAAAUCUCUCAGUUUCAGGUGCGAACACGCUUCGCUUGUGACCAUGACGAGCAGUGAUUUCUUCUUGUCAGAUCUGAGGGUCAGGUGGAUUCUCCGGCUCAUGAGCCGAGGGUUUCUACGUCCUGGGUCGUGCUGGAUCUAGAAAUUUCUCAAGAUUUAGGGCAUCGACGCAAGAAAGAAAAAACAAGAAACACCCAUGUCUCCAAUGUCCGAUUCCAGCAGCAUGGACGCACAGCUGGGUUUUGUGCCGUAGUGGCAAAUUAAAGGGAAGAAAAGGGAGGAAGCUGUGUACUGAUAUAAUCCCUCUUAUCUGUCUUCGGAGAUCCUUUUUUUGGGUUUGGUCUAUUGGUAGUUUAUCAUUGUCUGACUCAUCAGCGACCAUAAGUGGGGCUUAGUGACGGUUUAUUUGCCUCUUCUGGCGAUUGAAUACGGAUGGCGAAUCGGUGGUGGGCCGGGAAUGUGGCGAUGAGGGGCGGAGAUCCGCCGCCGUUCCAGCUGAGUAACGCGGACGAGGACCGCAGAGGCGGCUUGAGCCGGGGCAUACCUCCGAUUAGAGAACAAGACUUCAUGGACAACGCCAGUAACGCGAAUGCCACGCCCACCAACAGUAGCGGCACUAGCAAGACUAAUCCAAACCCUAGCGAGGCCGACUCUCAGGAUGACGACAGCCGCGACAACGAUGGAGCUGGCGACGACCCAGGAGGCUCCAUCCACGAGACCCCUGAGCCCCGCAGCGGCAGCAGCAGUGGCGGCAGAAGCGGGCGAAGACCCAGAGGCCGGCCUCCCGGGUCAAAGAACAAGCCUAAACCCCCUAUUGUGGUCACCAAAGAGAGCCCUAACUCACUGCGUAGCCACAUACUUGAAAUCAGCAGCGGGAGUGACAUCACGGAGAGCAUCGCGAACUUCGCGCAGCGGAGACAUAGAGGGGUUUCUGUGCUCAGCGGGAGCGGAAUAGUGAAUAAUGUCACUCUUAGGCAGCCCACUGCACCCGGAGGAGUGAUCGCGCUUCAAGGAAGAUUCGAGAUCUUGUCCCUGAAUGGUGCGUUCUUGCCCGCCCCAUCGCCGCCGGGGGCCACCGGACUGACGGUCUAUUUGUCGGGUGGGCAGGGGCAGGUAGUUGGGGGCACAGCUGUGGGCCCGCUGGUCGCGUCGGGGCCGGUAAUGGUUGUCGCAGCCACUUUUAGUAACGCAACGUAUGAGCAGCUGCCAGUGGAGGAUGAGGCGGAGGAGGCGAAUGCGGCAGUGGGGGAGGGUGGCGAGGCAAUGCAAUUGCAGCCGACAUCGGCCGGAUUGAGUCAUCCUGGAAACAGUGGUAACCAUAAUCCUGGAUCUCAGUCUUCUCAGGGAUUAGCAAAUCAACAUCACGCUUCGUCUUCCAUGCCGAUGUUCAAUUUGCCUCCUAAUUUGAUGCCCAACGGACAAGUGCCUCAUGAUAUGUUCUGGGCCGCUCCUCGUCCCCCGCCUUCUUACUGAGUGUCAUUUAGAGAGAGAGAGAGAGAGAGAGAG